UUAAAAUAAUUUCUGUGGCUCCGUGAACGACGACACAUCUUCGAGUCUCAGUUCCAUAUUCAGUAACAGCGUCUUCCACAGUUCCAAUACCUCUAUUCGAGGGUUCAUCUUGAUUUUCUAAUUGGAUUCAACAAGCCAUGGCAACACUGCAAUCUCUGCGACCUUCUUUUCAUCCUCGUAUAUCACCCCCAAAUUCUCACACUAUCCCCACCGCUACCAUUAAGUAUUCCCCCAAAUUGAUGGGCACAAAGAGUUUCACCCUAAAACGCAGUGUUAUUUCUGCCAGAGCUUCGAGUUCGCAGUAUAGUCCCAGAACCGCGGAGGACCUCGGUGACGUUAGCAUUUUCACCGCUACCGGCGAGCCAGUCAUGUUCAAAGAUCUCUGGGAUCAGAAGCAGGGAAUGGCUGUGGUGGCCCUCUUGAGGCACUUUGGAUGCCCGUGCUGCUGGGAAUUGGCUUCAGCCUUGAAAGAAUCCAAAGCAAGGUUUGAUUCAGCUGGUGUCAAACUCAUUGCAGUGGGUGUUGGUACUCCCAAUAAAGCUCGUAUCCUUGCUGGACGACUACCAUUUCCAAUGGAUUGCCUUUAUGCUGAUCCUGACCGCAAGGCAUAUAAUAUUUUGAACCUAUACUAUGGUUUUGGCCGAACAUUCUUCAACCCAGCCAGUGCAAAGGUGCUUUCAAGAUUUGAUUCUCUGCAGAAAGCUGUCAAGAACUAUACAAUUGAAGCCACUCCAGAUGAUAGAAGUGGCGUGUUGCAGCAGGGAGGCAUGUUUGUGUUUAGAGGAAAGGAGCUAUUAUAUGCAAGGAAAGACGAAGGGACUGGUGACCAUGCCCCCUUAGAUGAUAUUUUUGACAUCUGCAGCAAAGCUCCUGUUGCCUGACGCUGUACUGUAUAAAAUUUUAAAUUUGCUUAACAUUAGGAAUGUUCAGUUUAAGAAGAGUUGUGUUAAUAGAGUAGGAAUCACUGUGAAUCCUAUACGUGACAAUAUAUUAUAAGCUGUGGAUAUGAAUAAAAAUCAUAUACAAAUAUUAUAGAAUUCUGUCCA